AUGCCCCCUUACGGCCCCGGCAUGAUCCCUCCCUACAUCCCCCCCCCGCACAUGGCCCCUUACGCCCACCCCUGGGUUGCGCCGCCUCCGAUUCCCGGCGUCGUCUACCCUCCUGGGCCCUGGGGUCCCAUGUACGGACCGCAUAUGGGAAUGCCUUACAUGGGAGCUGCUCCUAGCGAGUAUAUGGGACAUCCGGGAGACUACGCCGCCGUACCGCAUCACCCGCGCUUGGCGGAGAGCAUGCGAGGCCCGCGGCCUUCGAAAAAGCAAAAGCGGAGCGGCGUACAUUUUCCGCCGACAGGCGCAACAGCUGUCGGGGAGAGCGCGGAGCGCAAGGUGAAGCAGGAGGCGGAGGGGGGAGUCGGCGGAAGGACGGCGGAAGGGGCGGCGGACGAGGCUUUCUUGGAUAUCCUGUCAUUUGAUGACGUGGACCGCUUCUUUGUAGAUGAAGCCGACGAGUGCACGCCAGUAGUGGACGGGCGCACGGGCAGAGAAGUCCCGGACGCUCCCCAGAUUCCCCAUGAUCACUGCGCGCCGCAGACGCAGCAGCCUGCGCGGGGGUUAACGGUCACAGACCCUGUCAGCCUCGGCACGUGUGACCCGAAGACCAGCGGAGGUUCGACGGCGACUCCGUCGUUCAGCCGCGCGAGCUCUAGCAGCGGCUGCGGCGCAGGCGCGGUGCGCGCGAGCGGCGCCGGAGUAGCAGGAAAAGAGGGCGAGGGGGAGCUGCAGACGCAGGGAUUCGAAGAGUUUAUAAUCAGCCACGGGGAGGAGGAGGGCGAGACGGAGGGGUGGUUUGUUGGAGGGUGGGGCCUGGACGAGUCUGCAGAGGCGGAGAGUGAGGUCGACGUGGAGCCGCUUGAAGGCUCCCCCACCGCGGGGGAUGCCAGUGGCGCAACCAGCGAGAGCGCGGCCGCGCUAAACCCCCCUCAGGCGCAUCUCGGGAAGCGGCCUCGCGCGGAGGACGUGUUCGGAAGCAGCAGCGGCGGUCCCGCAGCGGAAGGCGCGGACGCGGAGGGAGGGAUGGCGGUGAAACUGGGCAAUCGCAAGGAGCUGCAGCAGCAGUCGCCGAGCCUGCGUCUGAACUAUGAGGACGUGAUCAGCGCGUGGUCGGACCAGGCGCCCGAAGGCCAGUCGCCGUGGAUAGAGCAGGAAGAGGAGGAGGGCGCCAGUGUAGAGAAGCGCGACGGCCUUAAUCGCCCCCUGCUUGCCCACCUCCCUGGUCUCGCCACAGCCUCUCCUUCAUUGCCUGGGUCUGCUCAAGACAUUACCAUGCCCAGUCUGGGUCAGCAAUGGGGCGAGCAUGAGCAGGAGCAGCCUGCGAUGGACAGCGACACAUUUGAGCCUUUCUCCAAUGAGGGCAGGGAGGCCCGUGUGCUGCGCUACCGGGAGAAGCGCAGGAACCGCCUCUUCUCCAAGAAGAUCCGAUACGAAGUGCGCAAGGUCAACGCCGACCAGCGGCCCCGUGUGAAGAGGAUGGGGUUAGCAGCAGUGCUGGGAGCAGCAGCAACAUCAGCGGUCGCAACAACAGCAGCAGCGGCAGCAGCAGUGGCAGCAGCAGCAGCAGCAGCAGCAGCAGCAGCAGCAGCAGCAGCAGCAGCAGCAGCAGUGGCAGCAGCAGCAGCAGCAGCAGCAGCAGCAGCAGCAGCAGCAGCAGUGGCAGCAGCGGCGGCAGCAGUGGCGGCGAGCUUGAGCGUUGCUGGAAUGGAGGAGUGGGAGGACCUUCACGGGUCGGUUGGGUUUGAGUUCCGCGUGGGUGGCAGCCGCAGCAGCGGUGCCAGCAGCAGCAGCAGCAGCGGCGGCGGCGGCGGCGGCGGCAAUGGGUUGGGCGGAGCGUUGUUGGCGGGUGAUGGUGGGUUGCAGGGAGAGGAGGUGCUUGAUCUGAUGCGCAUGGGGGAAGGCGGAGGGAUGGAUGAUGUGUGGACCGAUGAUGAGGCUCGGUCGUGGCCCGGUGCAGGGUGGGCUGAUUGGAGUGAUGCAGAGAAAUGGAGUGAUGCGGAGGACUGGGGCGCAGCAGAAGAGUGGAGGGUUAGAGACGCUUGGGGAGAUGACGAGAAGUGGGGAGAUGACGAGAAGUGGGGCGACGACAAAGAGUUGAAUGGGAGAGAGGAAUGGGGGGACACGGAGAACUGGAGAGCAGGGGCGGACCGUGAGCGUGAGAGGGCAGUUGAAGCAAAGUCGCAGGGUCAGAUUCGCAGCCAUGAGCCGGACCUCUCAGGGCUUGCGUUUGCGGAGCAGCAGCAAGCGGGGCUGCCCUAUGCUGUGGGGCUGGCUUCCGUGCAGCAGCCUCUGGACCUUCUGUGGGCGGACGAGCUCAGCGGGGGGCAGUGGGACGGCGGGCCUCAGGGGCAGGUGCUUAUCCGCCAUCCCCAACCGCCUCCCCCGACGAUGCUGCUCCCCGUGGGCGCGGGAAGCAUCGAGGCGAAAUUUGCGGCGCAGCACGGGGAGAUUCAGCAGCUGCUGACGGAGAAUCAGCGGCUGGCGGCGACGCACGUGGCGCUUCGUCAAGAGCUGGCGGCAGCGCAGGGCGAGAUCCAACGGACGAAAGCGACGCUGGCGGCGGUGCAGAUGGAGAAGGAUCAAGCGGUGCGCGGAAUCAUGGAGCACAAGGCCAAGCUCGAGGCAGACCUAAGAGCCGUCGAGCCUCUGCGUGGAGAGCUGCAUCGUGCGCGCAUGGAGCUGCAGGCGCUGCAGGCGCGCGGGGGGGAGGCGGAGGCGGGGCGCGCGGAGAUGCAGCGGCAGAUGAGCGCCAUGGGGGGCGACAUGCAGCGCAUGCGGAGCGACCUGGAGGGCAUGCGGCAGGAGCUGAUGCAGGCCAGGUGCGGGGGGUCAAUGUAUGGUGGGCAGCAGCCGUUUAUGGGGAUCGCAGCCACGCAGCAGCCCCCAUGGGCGCAGCAGGUAGCGUUGCAGCAGCAGGGAGUGCAGCAACAGCAGCAGCAGCAGGCGGGGCAGCAGCUUGGGAUGCAGGCGCUUGGGCACGCAGGGCAGCAGAACGGCAUUGUGGGCGGCCCUUCAAAGGCGGCAGCAGCGCAGCAGGGGGCAGAUGGGGCAGCUGGGAUCGCAGCAGGAGCAGCAGCAGCGCCAGCCACAGCAGCUGCCGGUGGUUCUGCCACUGACGGUACUGCUGCUGCUGCUGCGGGUGCGGGUGCUGAUGGGGUUGCUGCGGCUGAUGCAGGUGCAGGAGGGGACGACCCGGUGGCGGAGUGUGGGUGGACGGAGCAUGCAGCACCGGACGGGCGGCCGUUCUACUACCACGCGGCUACCAACACGUCUGUGUGGGAGAAGCCCCCCGAGCUCGCCCAGGCUGAGGCCAAGAAGGCUGAUGCAGAGAAAACUGCGGCUGCUGCCGCCGCUGGUGGUGGUGGUGCUGCUGGUGCUGCUGGUGCGGGUGGUGCUGGUGCUGGUGCUGGUGCUGCCAAUGGGAGUGUUGCGGGUGGUGCUGAUUCUGCGGGGGAGAAGCAGCAGGAUGGUGCGGACAAGCAGCAGCAUCAGCAGCAGGAAAGCAGUGGAGGUGAGUUGGGGCUGUGCAGCAGGGAGAUCUGCUGUGGGCGCCAGAGCAGCUGUGGAUGGCUGGUGGAGCUCUCGAGUCAACUCAAAUGUUGCCCCUCCCCUGCGCACUUCCCUUGCCCUCCCCUUGCCCUCCCCUUGCCCCCCCCUUGUCCCCCCCCACCUUCCCAACCCCAACCCCCCCUGUGCAUGGCAGUGACGCCCCUGGCGGUGUACGGGCUACCGGAGGACUACAGCGAGCGCCAGCUGGUGGAGCUGUUCCGCACGUACGGCACCGUGGUGGCCGUGCAGGUGGCUCGCGAGGGCAACAGAGGGCUGGGCUAUGGCUACGUCCACCUGGACUCCCCCACAUCAGCGGACAUUGCCACAUCAGCGCUGAACGAGCAUCAACUGGGCAACCGGCGGUUGAGAGUAGAGCGAUACACCGCCCCUGCCGCUGCCGCACAGCCCAAGCCAGUCCAAGCCAGCCCUGCUCCUCUCUCCACUGCUGCCGGCCCUGGUAGUGCUGCUGCUUCCCCUGCACCUGCUGCUGCUGCUGCUGCCGGCGCUGCUGCUGCUGCUGCUGCUGCCGGCGCUGCUGCUGCUGCUGGCAAUGCAGCUGUUGGUGCUGGUCCAGGGAUAGGCGGUGUGCCAGGGCAGUAUCCCGUUGCUGCCUACAACCUGAACCCCCAGUCUCAGAUGCAGCCGCAACUGCAGGCACAGCCUCAGGCCCAGCAGUACCAGCCCCAGUUCCUUCAACAGCAGCAGCAGCAGCAGCCGCCGCAGCAACAGCAGCAGUACCCGCAGCAGCAGCAGCAGCAGCCUCAGUUCUACCCGCCCCAGCAGCAGUACUUGCAACAGCAGCAGCAGCCGCCGCCCCAGCAGCAGCAGUAUCCUCAGCAACAGCAGCAGCAGCAGCAGCAGCAGCAGCAGCAGCAGCAGCAGCAGCAGCAGCAGCAGCAGCAGCAGCAUGGAGGGUUUCCCCAGCAGCAGCGCAUGCCGCCGCCCGGCCAGCCCCCUGUGGACGGCCGUUUCGACCCGCAGCGACCCAUCAUCCGCUUCCCGCCGCCCGUUAACCCUGGCUUGGCCGGGCCUGGGGGAAUGGGUGGGCCUGGUGGGAUGGGUGUCCCAGGGGGGAUGUCUGGGCCCGGAGCAAUGGGUGGGCCUGGGGGGAUGGGUGGGCAGGGCGGUGGUCCUGGCGUGCUUGCUCCAAAUCCUGGAGCUGCUGCCGCUGCUGGUCCUGCCAUGGGUGGUGGUGGGGGUCCUGGUGGUGCUGGUGGAGCCGGGGUUGGGCCGGUGAGGCGAGACUUUGGGCCUGGGGGAGGGUAUGUAGGCUAUCGACCGUAUUGA